GCUGACGUCACCCAGAGCAGGGAUAAAGCACAGUGCUUGGGGUGACCACGACAUCCCGGGAGUCGGCUGCCCUGUCCUGCAGGUGCUCAGCACACAUCCUCCUGCAGGUCAGCCCCUCACACGCACCAAAGGAAAACGAGCAGGAACCCAGCAGCACCCAGCCACAAUGCCACAGAACGUUAUUCUUCCAGGACCGGCACCCUGGGGAUUCAGGCUCUCAGGAGGAAUAGAUUUUAACCAACCAUUGAUCAUAACCAGGAUUACACCUGGAAGCAAGGCUUCUACUGCCAACUUGUGCCCUGGUGAUGUUAUUGUGGCUAUCAAUGGCCUAAGCACAGAGAACAUGACACACAAUGAUGCCCAGGAAAGAAUUAAAGCAGCUACACAUCAGCUUUCCUUGAAAAUAGAGAGGGCAGAAACUAAAUUAUGGUCCCCACAAGUUUCAGAAGAUGGCAAAGCAAAUCGCUUCAAGAUUAAUUUGGAAGCUGAACCACAGGAUAUGAACUACUUUGAACACAGACAUAAUAUUCGGCCCAAACCUUUCAUACUCCCAGGCCGUAGCAGUGGAUGCAGCACUCCUUCGGGGAUUGACUGUGGCAGUGGACGCAGUACCCCCUCUUCAAUUAGCACGGUUAGCUCCAUCUGCCCCACCGAGCUGAAAGCAGUGUCUAGGAUGGCCCCUAACGUUCCCCUGGAAAUGGAGCUUCCUGGUGUCAAGAUUGUACAUGCUCAGUUUAACACACCUAUGCAGUUGUACUCAGAUGACAAUAUCAUGGAAACACUUCAAGGCCAAGUUUCUACAGCUCUGGGGGAAACACCCGUAAUGAGUGACCCAGCUCCCACAGCAGUGCCUCAGUCUGAUGUGUACAGGAUGCUGCACUCCAACCAGGAGGAGCCCAGCCAACCCCGCCAGUCUGGCUCCUUUAAGGUGCUCCAGAAUUUAGUCUCCGAGGAAGAUGGACGUCCAGUGGGUACAAGAAGUGUGAAAGCACCUGUAACAAAGAUACCUACUGGCCUGCCCGGAGCCCAGAAAGUACCACUGUGUGACAAAUGUGGGAGUGGAAUUCUAGGGACAGUCGUGAAGGCACGGGAUAAAUACCGACACCCAGAAUGUUUUGUGUGCUCUGACUGCAAUCUUAACCUGAAACAAAAAGGCUAUUUCUUUGUGGAGGGCCAGCUAUACUGUGAAGCUCAUGCACGAGCUCGCAUGAGGCCUCCAGAGGGAUAUGAAGCAGUUACUGUUUACCCAACAUGCUAGUCUUACAUUAGCACACAUAUACAUGCAUGCACACAAGAAGCCAUUAACAGCUUAGAACUGCAGUACAACUGUCAGGACUUCCGUCUGAAUUCAAAGUAGCAGCUUUUAAACCUUCUCUUGUGGUAUUCUGCGUGAGGUGGAAGUCCCUAUUAAUCAGCAGUAACAUACUAUACCAGGAAAAUUCAGCUAAAAUUUUAUCCUUGAAGUUGCCAAUAUAAGUCAAUGGAGUAUGAACUAAAACAGCUGUACAGAAAUUAAAGAAAAAAAAGUGAAACAUCAGGGUAGUACAUGAUUACUGAAGAAUAUGCACCCAACUGCUGUAAUCAACACAUUAUUUUUAACAUAUGUUAAGUAUCUAAUAUCUGAACAAACAGCGAAACAAUCAAACACCUCAUUGCGCUACAGGCUGGGCCCUAUCGAAGAAACUUGAUCAAUCAUUAGAAAAGAAGCUAUUUUACAUGGAUAGUACAAAACAAUCAGAUGUUUCAACCAUCUAUUAUUCAGCUGUCACCAAUGCGUGCCAAAAAUAGAUUCUGCUUACUUAACUUUCAAUUUGGGGUUAUAUUUUCAUAAUUUUCUGAUGCAGCAAAUGUGUUAAGGAAUGAACACCAUUUCAUCCAAUAAAAUGGCUAGUAUCAUAAUGAUCAUUUAGUAAGAAGCAAAAUAAUUCUACAUUGCUUAACGAUUUGCAACAAAAUCAGCUUUCAGCUUUCACAUCACUUACCAGAAAAUAGCAGGCACACCAAUACAUUGUUUUUUGAAAAAAAAAAAAAAAAAAGAAUUUACUCUAUUAGGAACACACUGCAAAUUGAGAAUGAAAGUAAAUUGAAAAGCCUUUUGACAGAGAAAGGGACUGUUCUUUUUUCCCUCUACAUCAUUCGAUUUCUGUAAUGGGAACAAUGGGAAAACAUAAUGUUCAUAUCUUAAUUGCUGGUAAUUCAAACUUGGACCACUUUAAAAAUGACUGAUAAUUAACAUAUGCAAAAGAAAGAUCUUUUAUGAAAAGUCUGGUGAACUCAUAAGAAAAAGAAAAGGCAAAAGAACAGUUUUUAAAUCAAUUUCUGAAUUUAUGAAUUUUUUUUUAAGGGCUCCCUUGCUUUCAGGUCGGUAUGCCAGCUGCAUGCACACACACACACACACACACACACACACACAACAAACUUUGCCUUAGCAUCUUCCAGAAAUAUCAACACAAUACUUACAUUCAUAGCAGAAAUGAACAAUUCAGUGACAAAGAAUCUUACUUUUCUCACUCUAAAAUAUAGGAAGCUUAAAAUGCAAGAAGAAUAAGGAAUCAAAAUAAGAAGCUGUAUAUAGUUUAAAUUUAUUUUAAAAAUUGAGAUGAGUCCCAAACCCUGAAAUGCAAUGUUUACAUAUUCAAAGAAUUUAAAAGCUGUUUUAGUAUUAUUUCAGAAUUUAAAUAUUUUCAAAAUGUACGUGUCACUGUAUUCAGAAUUUAAAUCUGCAUAUCAAAAGCAUAUAGAGACACAUCCUUUUAAAGGUUAGCUAGUGAAUUAUUUUCUGGCACAAAACAUAAUUCUGCUCCUUAUAUAUUGUGAAGGCUAUAUAUAGUAUUUAUAUUUUUCCACUGAUAAAGUCCAUAAAGUAAACCUGAAAAUCAUUUUGAAAGUGAGAAUGCACAUGUCUAUUUUUACAAAUUUUCAAUGUCAUUGGUGUUUUUAAAUAAUUGCUUAAUGUUCAUUUCUUUGUGGAGCAACUGAAGGUAAAAAUAAAUGUACUACAUAUGA